AUGAAUCAACUUGGCGGUCUGUUUAUCAACGGUCGUCCUCUGCCGCAUUACCUGAGGUUGAAGAUACUAGAGAUGGCGUUGACUGGUGUUCGGCCGUGCGUCAUCAGUCGUCAGCUGAAAGUGUCCCAUGGAUGCGUCAGCAAAAUCCUGAGUCGCUUUGCCAAAACAGGCAGUAUCGCUCCGGGAAAGGUGACGUCACCUGUGGCAUGUAAUUCUUGCUAA